UGGGAAGACUCACAGGUGCAGCCUAAUGAGAUUCCACUUGAAUGGUGUAUUGGUUUAAGCUGAGCAGCAUUGCCACUGCUUGCUGACAAUGGCUGAUGUACUGCCAGGAGUUGUAAAAACUGGCGCCUAUCGAUAUGAAGAUGGGACACGCUAUGUUGGAGACUGGAGUCAACGUGGACAAAAACAUGGCAUGGGCCACCUUGUGAUGCCAGAUGGGACUCGAUAUGAUGGUGGAUUUCAAAAUGGCUUAUGCUCAGGCCUUGGCAUUAUGACAUUUCCAGAUGGCGCAAAGUAUGAAGGAGAAUUCAUGCAAGGUUGGUUCCAUGGACACGGGGUAUUUUGGCGUGCUGAUGGCAUGAGAUACGAAGGGGAGUUCCGAGGAGGACGCAUCUGGGGCCUCGGACUGGUCACCUAUAGUGACGAAAGCCACGGAUUCCCCAGAAAUGAAGGCUUCUUCCAAGACUGCCGCCUCGUUCGCAAGAAGCGUUGUCCAGAAGUUGUGCAGAGGGCCCAGAGGGUUGCACUCAUGGCGCGUGCACAGAUAGACAAACACUAGGCCACAGCUGGAAACCACCUGUCUUGUGUAUCCACCUACAAAAUGAAGAGCUACAUAUUUUUAAAAUGGAAAUACUGGUGCAACAGAUUAUGUUUCUAUUAGAAGUGUAUUGAUAAAUAAGUAUGAACUCUAAAAGAUAAACAUAAAUAUGCAUUGCAUAAUGUAGUAUUACUUGGCAGUGUAAUAAUAAAGUCAAUGAAAAGUUAUUGUAGAUGCAGAAAAACA